CCAAAGGUUACUAACUUUUAUCUAUAUCGCUAAAACUGAACUGCCUUGGCUAUACUGCUGCUCUCACUGCUGCUUCCAUUAUUGCCUUCCUCGUCAGAAUAAGGCUUUCAGAAGCCAAAGAAUAACAAGAAAUAAGCACCGUUUUAGAAGCCUUUCCACUAUGAAACUUAAGCUAAAUGUGCUCACCAUUAUUUUACUGCCUGUCCACUUGUUGAUAACAAUAUACAGUGCCCUUAUAUUUAUUCCAUGGUAUUUUCUUACCAAUGCCAAGAAGAAAAACGCUAUGGCAAAGAGAAUAAAAGCUAAGCCCACUUCAGACAAACCUGGAAGUCCAUAUCGCUCUGUCACACACUUCGACUCGCUAGCUGUCAUAGACAUCCCUGGAGCAGACACUCUGGAUAAAUUAUUUGACUACGCUGUAUCCAAGUUUGGGAAGAAGGACAGCCUUGGAACCAGGGAAAUCUUAAGUGAAGAAAAUGAAAUGCAGCCAAAUGGAAAGGUUUUUAAGAAGUUAAUUCUUGGGAAUUAUAAAUGGAUAAACUAUCUCGAAGUGAACCGCAGAGUGAAUAACUUUGGUAGUGGACUCACUGCAUUGGGACUAAAACCAAAGAACACCAUUGCCAUUUUUUGUGAGACCAGGGCUGAAUGGAUGAUUGCAGCACAGACUUGCUUUAAGUACAACUUUCCUCUUGUGACUUUAUACGCCACACUUGGCAAAGAAGCAGUAGUUCAUGGGCUAAAUGAAUCUGAAGCUUCCUAUCUGAUUACUAGUGUUGAACUUCUCGAAAGCAAACUUAAGACUGCAUUGGUGGAAAUCAGUUGUGUUAAACACAUCAUUUAUGUGGACAAUAAGACUAUCAAUAAAGCAGAGUAUCCUGAAGGAUUUGAGAUUCACAGCAUGCAAUCAGUAGAGGAGUUAGGAUCCAAGCCAGAAAACUCGAGCAUUCCUCCAAAUCGACCAACUCCAUCAGACAUGGCCAUCGUCAUGUAUACCAGUGGUUCUACCGGCCGACCUAAGGGAGUGAUGAUGCAUCAUAGCAAUCUGAUAGCUGGGAUGACAGGCCAGUGUGAGCGAAUACCUGGACUAGGACCAAAGGACACAUACAUUGGCUACUUGCCUCUGGCUCAUGUGCUGGAAUUGACAGCAGAGAUAUCUUGCUUUACCUAUGGCUGUAGGAUUGGAUAUUCUUCUCCACUUACGCUGUCUGACCAGUCCAGCAAAAUUAAAAAGGGAAGCAAAGGAGACUGUACUGUACUGAAGCCUACACUUAUGGCUGCUGUUCCGGAAAUCAUGGAUAGAAUUUAUAAGAAUGUUAUGAGCAAAGUCCAAGAGAUGAAUUAUGUUCAGAAAACUCUGUUCAAGAUAGGGUAUGAUUACAAAUUGGAACAGAUCAAAAAGGGAUAUGAUGCACCACUUUGCAAUCUGUUGUUGUUUAAAAAGGUGAAGGCGCUGCUGGGAGGAAACGUCCGUAUGAUGCUGUCCGGCGGGGCCCCGCUGUCCCCCCAGACACACCGGUUCAUGAAUGUCUGCUUCUGCUGCCCGAUCGGCCAAGGUUAUGGACUGACAGAAUCUUGUGGUGCUGGGACAGUUACUGAAGUUACUGACUAUACCACUGGCAGAGUCGGAGCUCCCCUAAUCUGCUGUGAAAUUAAACUAAAAGACUGGCAGGAAGGCGGUUAUACAAUUCACGACAAGCCAAAUCCCAGAGGUGAAAUUGUAAUUGGUGGGCAAAAUAUCUCCAUGGGAUAUUUUAAAAAUGAAGAGAAAACAGCAGAGGAUUACACCGUGGAUGAAAAUGGGCAGCGGUGGUUUUGCACUGGUGAUAUUGGAGAAUUCCAUCCUGAUGGAUGUUUACAGAUUAUAGAUCGUAAGAAAGAUCUGGUGAAGUUACAAGCUGGAGAAUAUGUAUCUCUUGGGAAAGUGGAAGCGGCACUGAAGAACUGUCCACUUAUUGACAAUAUCUGUGCUUUUGCCAAAAGUGACCAGUCCUAUGUGAUCAGUUUUGUGGUUCCUAAUCAGAAAAGGUUGACACUUUUGGCACAACAGAAAGGGGUGGAAGGAACUUGGGUUGAUAUCUGCAAUGACCCUGCCAUGGAAGCUGAAAUACUGAAAGAAAUUCGAGAAGCUGCAAAUGCCAUGAAAUUGGAGCGAUUUGAAAUUCCAAUCAAAGUUCGUUUAAGCCCAGAGCCAUGGACCCCUGAAACUGGUUUGGUAACUGAUGCUUUCAAACUGAAAAGGAAGGAACUGAAGAACCAUUACCUCAAAGACAUUGAGCGAAUGUAUGGGGGCAAAUAAACAGCUGUUCUCCUAUUUACAGUUGCCUAAGAGGUGGUCUGGUGGGUUUUCAGUGCUAGCAUUUUAAGCCUUUGUCCAAUCUGUUAGAAUGUCAGGUUAUGUCAUUCUAAAGACACAGUAAUUAAAAAAAAAAAACAAAACCAAAACUGAUGAAAAUAGCCGUUGAGUCUACUUUACCUUAGUUUUCAUAGUUCUAGUUAAGCUGAAAUUGAGAAAUCAUUUCCCUUUAGCUGUGUCAUUACUUUUAAAGCAGAAAUUCUGUUUUUAAACCUUAGCCUAGGAUAUACUUGUUUUCAAAAACAUUCAACGUUGAACAAAACAAAUUGAAGUAGAAUGUAGUUCGAAGACAUUUGCAACUUCCAAUAUCUAUUGUCUUCCUAGUUCAGGAGAAAUUUAAAUAUCAAGCAUGAAAAAAAAUAUAUGUGUUAACACUACUCAAAGCAGAAGUGCUACAGGGCUUUAAAAUUCUCUUGCAACCAUUUAUCUUGAAGGGAAAACUCAACCGUAAUAUAAUAUACAGAACCAAAUAAUACCUUAGAAGGUAUUAUCUUAUGAUUAUAAUUGUUGCAUAGGCUAGACAUAGAAUAAUUGUAAUAUUGUGAAUAAUUACAGUGCCUACAGUAAGAAUAAAACAAACGUACAUACCAAAAAUACCUAGUAAUGUAUUUGAAGGGAACUUGAACUGCCUUUUUGAAACUUUGAGAUCAAAAACCAGUAAUUGUAAUUAUCUGAAUGAAUUAAGAAGAAAGUACACUUUUUAAAAUGCUGAAAAUUGCCUUUCUGUGUUUCUGGUUCAACAUGAGAGACUGAGACCAAGAGAAAAAUGAUAAAAAGUUCAAUGAUAAAUUUAAAGGAUAAAAAUUUAAGGAAGCAUUUUUUUCUUUUGCAUAAGGUAAAUCGUGAGUAUUUGGAAUUAAGACCCUUGCACAGCACUGAACCUGGAGAAGAUUUAGGCUCUCAAUUUGUCUUUGAUAACAGGGAUUGCCUUUAAAAUGUACUUGUGUUAAAUUAUCUCUGUAAUGUACGGUCUGUUUGCUAUUGCUGAUUCGAUCCUUAAUCAGUAGUUUGCAUUUCAGAAAGUCUUUGAUUUUGCUUUAAUUUUAGCAAAGCGGGUUAUGAAAAAUGACUUCCCCGAAGUCUUAUUCAAACCUACGGGUGAUUAAUUAACUUGGAUGACUUCAGGGAGGUUAAAGGGAAGAAAACACUGUUACCACUUUUUUGUUGUCGUUGUUUGUGAAGAGUUUAGAAACUGGAAAUGCUAGAUUUGGGAGAAGGGCAGAGUUACUUGAAAAGGGACUGAUAUUUGUGUUGGAACUUGGAGUGUGGGUUUCUUUUUGAAUCUUUAAUUAAAAUCUGGGAUCAUAGGUCCCUGGUAGAUAUUCACACUCAAACCAUAGUUAACUGUUGAAAGCAAAACUUCUUAAUACUGUCAUUCUUUGCACUUUUUCUUAAUCGUUUUAUAUAUAAGCAUAUGUGUGUAUGUGUGUCUGUGUGUGUGUAUACACAAACACAUAUUGUUGCUUACAUUGCUUUGUACAGAUGUGGGCCACCACUGUAACAAAAUGAAUUUUUUCUCUAAAGUAUUUAUAAAGAAAAUAUUUAAAUAUUAUGUAUAUGGUGGUAAUAAGGAAAAAAUAAUCUGGUAUUAUAAACAAGGACGAAGGUUUUUUCUAAAAAUUUCUUUUGGUUCAGUGUUCUAUAAAGCAAAAUCCUAGGCAUGUUUUUCCUGAAGUUACAGGUGAGUGUUCUCAUUCUUCCCACCUGACCUUGGAAGAGUGAUAAAUGAUUUUUGUCCAGUAGGCUACUAUUCAGCUUCUACUGUUUCUGGCCCACUGUCACUCCUUUAAGGAUGAUUUUCUUACACUUUUCCAGUAUGUGACCUUUGCCCCCAUUGGGAAUGGUGAUUUUAAAUGUGUGAGUGCAUGCAUACUCUUAUCUCAGAUAUUUGCAGCCCUUUCCCACCCCCAUCUCCCGAAAGCUGGAACACUGCCAACUAAUGUGUUGUAUAGGUCCUUUGGAAACACGUAAUUCAUACUUAAGGUUGGGUGCUGCUAAUUCUUUGUGAAAAUCCAAAUAUUGUUACGGGACCAGGGAGAUGCCACUACCCCCUGAUUUUUCAUCUAAAAAUAUACAUGUUUGUGUAAACAGAAAUCUUUCCAUAUUCAUGGUGACUUUUUAAGUAUUGGAAUCUAAAGAUUUUGAUCUCACAUUUUUAUACCUGUUUAAAUUGUUCACAGUUACUACAUGUCAGCCAUCAAAGUUGUACUUAAAAAAUUUACUACAAGUAUGUACAUUUCUGAGUCAAGCACUUAUGACAUGUUUUAAUGACAUAAAGUAUCCUGCCUCUUUGAUAUUUGUAUUCAUUCUUUUUUUUCUGUAGUAGAGGAAUAAUUGUAUGGUUAUUCAGAAUGGAAAUAUGGAAAUAUGGAUAAAUGAUUCCAAGAGUCAGAAGGAAAGGAGACAGUAAUGUUUCUUUGAUGAUAGAGACUGAUUAGCAAUCCUCGCCUAUAUUUUCCUCAUAGCAUAUGACAAAUGUUUCUAAGGUAACAAGAUGAGAACAGGUUAAAGAGUCUGUGAUGUUUUGGAUUUGGAGAGAAGUAUUUUAGUUUUUAAAUGUAGUUACCAAUUAUAAUGUAUUCAUAUUUGUACUUUCUGUUAAAAUGCACGAUUGCAGGAUUGUUAUUUAGAUUUUGUGUUUAUUCUUGAUGAAAAGCUUUGUUUGUUCUUGUUUUUAAGUUUGCACUCAAAUCUUAAAUAAAUCCACCCAUGUUAUCAAGCCAA